GGCGCUAAAAAAAGGAUACAUAGAAAUAUCCAACGUGCGUGCAUGGGCUGAUGGGCUGCGUGGGCUGCAUGGGCGGUUCCAACUGUCAAUAAGUUGUCAAGGGUGCAGCAAAAAGGGUUGCUUCUUCAAUUUACCACUUAUCGAUUUCCCCAGUUUUAAUCUCGACAACUUCCCCCAAAAGCCUUUCUUACCUUUCCUUCUUCUUUACGACAGACAAUAUUUAUUUGUGCACACGUCAAGCAUCAACAUCGACACUUCCUACCUCAAGUCUUUGUCUUCAAGACGCGCCGCUCAUUUGCACCACCACGCUUCAAUUUCUCUCAUCCAAGCCUGUCACUUUCAAUACCGCAAUCAUGCCUGGUGUUCCCAAGGGUGCUCUCGACAACUUGAAGGCCAAGUUGAAGAAGAUCUUCGGCAAGAAGCCCAAGGCCGAGAAGAAGCCCGCCGAGGAAUCCAAGGCUGACGCUGCGGCUCCUGCUGCUGCAGCCGCCGGCGAAGCCUCCAAGGCUGAUCAGCCCGCUGAGGCACCUGCUGCUCCUGCGCAGCCUGCUGCUACUACCGAGGCUCCCAAGCCUGAGGCCCCGAAGGCCGAAGCUCCCGCCGAAGCCCCCGCUCCUGCUGCCGAAGCCCCCGCUGAGGCCAAGGAGGAGGCCAAGCCCGCCCCCGCUGUCUAAGCCGAUGUCAUCUACAAUGGUCUCCGAUCGAAUCAAUUCAGACAGUAUAAACUGGAACUAAUAUGGUCGUUGGACAAGUGGAGUGAACAGGGCUGCUUUCUGUCACAGAUCGUCGGCAAUGGUUUUGAUUUCAUGGUUUGGUGGUUGCGAAUGGACGGAGGAUAUUCCCACAGAGUUUGCAGUUUGAGAGAUACCCUAAUAAUACUGGUUUGGCACACAAUGGCAUUAUCCUUCGGUCUUAAGGGUCUUUAUCGUAGCUAGGAGUCUAUCAGCACGUGAUACAGUAUACUUCUAGUGCUUCUUUUUACCCUAUUUUAUUGGUCUUGAACGCUAUUGCAUGUAAUAGGAUCUGUACGAAGUACCUACAUCUCUUACUCUGGCCAGGCGGACUGUUUGAAAAGGCAUACCUGAGUACAUAUUCACGCAUUCCCGAGGCCCUCUUGCCUGGCAGACCUAGUGUAGAUACUAUCUAAUUCCAUGAGCAUUGCUGAUUGCAA